AUGACACAAGUACCAUUGGCAGGAAUUGUUGUGUUUGAACUAGCAGGUUUAGCUCCCUGUCCCUUUGCAGGCAUGAUUCUAUCUGACUUUGGCGCCAACGUUAUCCGUGUCGAUCGUCCACACACACACAGCACUGAUAUCUUGGCACGUAAUAAACGGUCCAUUGCCUUGGACCUGAAGAAACCUGCCGCUGUAGAGAUACUUCGUGCCAUGCUGCUCCAAGCUGAUGUGUUGCUGGACCCUUUCCGCCCCGGUGUCAUGGAGAAACUGGGUUUGGGGCCUACUGACCUCUUAAAGAAAAAUCCGCGUCUUGUGUAUGCGCGGCUCAGCGGAUUUGGACAGCAAGGGUCUGCAUCAGCAGCUGCAGGUCAUGAUAUCAACUAUCUCGCCAUUGCCGGUGUCCUGAGUAUGAUGGGCAGACACGAUCAGCCACCUUUUUUCCCCAUGAAUGUCCUUGCGGAUUUCGCCGGAGGUGGUCUGAUGUGUGCAUUGGGUGUACUGAUGGCGCUUUUCAGCCGUACCAAAACGGGCAAAGGACAAGUCCUGGACGCGAAUCUCACAGCAGGCACCGCUUAUCUCACGACGUUUCCGUACCUGAUGCAGAAACAUGGGCUGUUGUGGGAAGGACCACGUGGCUCUAACAUGUUGGAUGGAGGCGCUCAUUUUUAUGAAGUAUACAAGACAAAGGAUGGAGAAUACAUGGCAGUGGGUGCCAUUGAGCCACCAUUCUACGCUGCGUUGUUAAAGGGACUAGGAUUGGAUCCCGAAUCGCUCCCGCACCAAAUGGAUAGUGAUGAAUGGCCCAAAAUGAAAAAGACUUUGGCCGCAGUGUUCGCAUCCAAAACACAGGCAGAAUGGACCCGGGUUUUUGAUGGUACCGAUGCUUGCGUUACACCGGUUAUUCACUUCAAUAAACGCGUUGCCGAUGAUGAGACCAACGACCUGCCUAGACACCAUUGGCCACGUCAAGCAGCACCUCCCUCUCCGGCGCCUAUACUGUCCAGGACGCCCGCGCGACCGGUGCAACUAGACGACACAUCAUCCCCAUUCCUCACUUCCGGUCAACAUACGAUUGAGAUCUUGUCAGAAUUUGGAUACAAGGGCAGCGCCAUCAAUGACCUUUUAUCGUCCAAGACCGUGUUCGAUGCUUCUCAAGACCAAGGAUCUCGGUUAUAG